UUAUCUCUGCAACUUCUUUUUCUUCACUCUUCAAUUUAGCGUUUGUCAACGAAACAAACAAACAAAAUUUAUAAAAAAAUGGAUGAUCACUUCAAAACUAUUGUUAUAGUAGUUAUCGCCAGUGUUUUGGUUGGGGGAGUGGUUCUUUUGAUAUAUUGUUCCAUUUGCAUUAAUAAAAAGCAGAAACUUCGAUUGCCGGAGCCGCCACAGGUUCAACGACGGAUGAUAGUCAGUGAUCCUACACAUCAGCAAAGUGGAAUUCAUGUGGACAAUGAUCGCUCGAGGGGUGGAAGGGGCACCAUUGUGAAGCAUGUUGUUCCAGUCGCUCCAUACUCCGUAGAUAAUAGCUUGGUCAACAAGACGCCUAAAAAUUUGGGAGAGCUUCAGGGUAAGAGAGAUGAUGGCGGUUUCGCUGUUAUGACAGCUUCUUCUACUUCGGCAACAUUUUGCGAUUUUGGUGGUGGUGGUUGCAGUAGUGGUGGCUGUGGUGGUUGUGGUGGUGGCUGUGGGGGCUGA